GGUGGAGAUAGCCGUUUUUUGAUAUGAAUUUUGCACGAGUUACCAAGUUGCUGGGUUGCAGUACGCUUCAACGCGCAUAUUGCACCGAUCCUACACGCAUAGAAAAAACUGUAAAUACGGUUACGUUGUUGGGUCGUGUUGGUGCUGAUCCGCAAAGGCGAGGAAACGAUGAACAUCCCGUCGUAAUGUUUUCUGUCGCAACACACUCUAACUACAAAUAUGACUCGGGUGAUUGGAUGCAGAAGACAGAUUGGCACCGAGUCGUAGUUUUUAAGCCGGGUCUUCGCGAUUCGGUGAUGUCGUAUUUGAAGAAGGGCCAAAGAACGAUGGUUACCGGCAAGAUAACGUAUGGUGAAAUAACGGAUCAGGAAGGAAAACAACGAGGUACAACAAGCAUCAUAGCGGAUGAUGUAAUCUUUCUUCAGAGCUAAAGCUCUUGGUGAAAUAUUUGUUAGAUAUUUAACUCAUCAACAGUGUAAACAAUUUAGGAGUUCAUAAUAAUAUGCAUUUCAAAUCUUUAAC